CUUCAGUCAAAGAGUUUAAAGGGCGGGUUGCUGUUUGUUCUUGGUUUCUGCGAAUUAUUUUGUUAGCGGGGUCGUCUGACUUUUUAUUAAAGUGUUUCCUACAUGGAGGUGUACACUGGUGCCUAUGAGCACCCAGACUCGACGAAACAGCAGGAGAGACACUAUUACCUGCUGUCUGAACUGCAGUUGCUGGUCAAAGACCUGCCCAGCUCCUUCCAGCAGCGUCUGUCCUACACCACACUGAGCGACCUGGCCCAGGCGCUGAUUGAUGGGACCGUGUACGAGAUCGUCCAAGGCCUGCUGGAGAUCCAGCACCUCACAGAGAGGAAUUUGUACAAUCAGAGGCAGAAGCUGCACAGUGAGCACAGAGCCCUCAAGCAAGAGCUGGUUCGCAGGCAUAAAGAAGCUCUUCAGGCCUGCAAGUCCCACAACUUGGCAGUUCUGCGCACGAACCAGCAGGCAGAGAUUGAGGCCCUGGAUCACCGCAUAAAAGAGGAGCAGAGGAUGAUGGAUGAGAAGAUUGUGGUGGAGAUGGACCAGAAGGUAGUGGACCAGCAGAACACGCUGGAGAAGGCAGGCGUUCCGGGCUUUUACAGGACCACCAAUCCGCAGGAGCUGAACAUGCAGAUGAACCUACUGGAGCUCAUACUGAAGCUGCAGCAGAAAGAGGCCCAAACAGGGAACCUGCCCUGAGGCCCCGGGCUCCGGGAGGGCCUGGGCGCCCCACUCACUUGCGACUCAUGCUCUUGUGGCUGUUGGUGCACAGGAAUGAUCUCGUGUGGCAGAAGGCUGGUGAACAGCUGCCGAACCUCAGGUGUGCUGGAACUACCCAGACUUGUGUGUUGCCUGGAGCUGCGUUAUGCCACAGAAGUCAAGAUGAUUACUGUGACUAGUGUUUCUAUAAGAACACUAAUUGAAUGCGUAGAGUCUAUGGACCUUGAUGGACUUUCCCCUUGUCAUCAUUGAAAAUACAAAAUCUUCUUUAGUUUUCUGUAGUUUACAGUUACAGCAAAUAAUGGCUGUGUUGCACCUGCAGCAGGUAUUGUGUUCAGUCUGGUUUGUGUUAAUCCUUGACAAAAGACAUUUUAUUUAAAAUGUCAGUGUUUUCCUCCUCCAUGAUGACAAGUAUAGUGUCCAAAUGCAAGUGAAUAAAUCAUAUCAGCAGUUCCUGGCAUUUGAUUUCUUAGUGGUUUAGUGGAGAAAACCUCUCCUCUAAAAGUCUUUUUAUUGUAGUAAAUGUCUGAAAUUUUUACUGUAUCUUUCCUGCUGCAUGUUAAAGAAUUAUUUUGUAGAGUUAGGUUCAGGUUGGGCUGUAACUUCUACAAAAGGCCAUAUUGCACACGCGAAUGAAAAGCAUACAUGCUGAGUUCCAUAUGAUGAGUGAUCAAUAUGAUGCUGAACGUGUCCCAGGAUUUCCACUAUCGGACUGGAGGACCCUACUGUCUGUAGUGUGUGUGAAUCUGGCUGUAGAGUCUCCGUCUUGGGAUGGUGCCACAAUGACUCUGUACUGUGUUUUUACUUCAACUAUGAGUCUUUUGCCAAGUACUGUGACCAGAAGUGAAGAAGUGGGACAGCCUGGGGGAGUGGGGGUUCAGACAAAUACACUGGGAUCGCGAAGAUGUUUGUGUGAGUGAGAGAUCGUUCAUUGGGCCAGCGACAGAAGGCGGGAAGUAUUAGUUUUCAAAUUGUGUAACUCGUAUCUUUUUCUUAUUUUGGAAAAAGUCUCCUAGUCAGUGCUAACCAAUUCACUGCUCAAUAAAUUCUCUAUUUCAUCAAGGUUCUUAUUUUCCACUGUUCACUUAUUCAGCUUGUUAUGAAAGUUGUAAUAAUGUAGUUGUAGUAAUUUAUUCAAAAUGUUAUGCUGACGGUAACAUUUCUAUUUUGAUGUUUUAUUUGACAUCUUUGAAAGAACCUUACAGUGAGUCACCCAUUUAUACAGCAGGGUAAUUUUACCUGUGUCAAGGGUAAGUAUCUUGAUCGAGACUACUGCAGCGGGAGGGAUUCAAACGUGCACCCUUUCAGUGGAAGGUGAAGGAUCUUACCAGUGCACCCCUCUAGCUGCCCAAAUUAAUAGUCAACAAUUCCCAUUAUUUAUUACUGGGAAGAAUGUUUGUCUCAUGGUGGAUCCCCCCCGAAUCCACAUUAGCUUUUAUUAGACAUGUCCUUUAAAAAAAAAAUAAAAAAAGCAUGAUAGACAGCAUGGUAAAAUUUGUUUUUGUAGAGGGGUCUAUGUACAAUGGGAGGCUCGUGCAGUUUGUUCAAUGUUGUUACGCUGUAAACGUGUAGCACGUCCUUCCUAUUAGUCAGCAAAGGGACUCAGUGUAGCCUGUGCCACUUGUGAAUAUUAAUGACUCCAGGUUAUUAAUAUACUGUUUGCUUACGAAGGGAGGGAAACCUUUCUGGUACACGUUGGUUCUGACAUGUAACCAAUUCUGA